GGACGCUCUCCAAGGUAAAGAGCCUGGGAUCCCUGCAUGCGUGUAGGCGCUCAUGUUGAGGUUACAACAGGAGAAGCAGACGGACGUGUUUAUGUCACACAGGCAGAGUGCGGCUCCUGCAAACAUGAAGACUGAAGACAAGUGAGGAAAAAGGAAAAAAUAAAAUAAAACAAAAGGCCGGGAGUCUCAGCUGGGAACGUUUUGGCCUCUGAAGAACAAAAGCAGCUCACCAAAGACUAAAAAGAUCAGACAGAAAGCUCGAAGCUUUGAAACAUAAGGGACCGACUGUGUUGAAUAUUCUGCAGCGUAAAAUUGAGCUUAUCUGAAUCUCCAAGACGAAGGAGAGGAGACAUGCCAGGCCCGGGAGGAGCAGAGCCGAAGGGAGAGGAUUUCUCCACCGCCAUCCUGAAGGAGAAACACAGACCCAACAGGCUGAUUGUGGACGAAGCGCUCAACGAGGACAGCAGCAUUGUCAGCCUGUCGCAGAAUAAGACGGAGGAGCUGCAGCUCUUCCGCGGGGACACCGUGGUGCUGAGAGGACGGAAGCGACGGCAAACCGUGUGCAUCGUCCUGACGGAUGACACCUGCGGGCCCGAGAGGAUUCGGAUGAACAGGGUGACGCGCAACAACCUGCGAGUUCGCCUCGGUGAUGUCAUCAGCAUCCACGCCUGCCCUGACAUCAAGUAUGGGAAAAAGAUCCACCUCCUCCCCAUUGACGACACCAUCGAGGGCCUGACGGGGAACCUCUUUGAAGUUUUCCUCAAGCCGUACUUUCUGGAGGCGUACCGGCCGGUGCACAAAGGCGACAUUUUCUUGGUGCGGGGAAGCAUGAGAGCUGUUGAGUUCAAGGUGGUGGAGACGGACCCGAGCCCUCACUGCAUCGUUGCCCCAGACACCGUCAUCUACUGCGAAGGAGAGCCGAUAAAAAGAGAGGAUGAAGAGGAGAAUCUGAACGAUGUCGGGUAUGACGACAUCGGAGGCUGUCGGAAACAACUGGCUCAGAUCAAAGAGAUGGUGGAGCUUCCUCUCCGGCACCCCGGGCUCUUCAAGGCGAUCGGAGUCAAGCCCCCCAGAGGUAUCCUGCUUUAUGGCCCUGCAGGUACAGGGAAGACCCUCGUGGCCCGAGCAGUUGCCAAUGAAACCGGCGCCUUCUUCUUUCUGAUCAACGGUCCUGAGAUCAUGAGUAAGUUGGCAGGGGAGUCUGAAAGCAACCUAAGAAAGGCGUUUGAGGAGGCAGAGAGCAACGCUCCGGCCAUCAUCUUCAUCGAUGAGCUGGACGCCAUCGCUCCCAAGAGAGAGAAGGUGAGCACGUACAGGUAUUCCAUCAGAAACCGACACGUCUUUGCCGUCCUCUGGCCUGUGUUGUGUGACGGUGCGUACGCAGACUCACGGCGAGGUGGAGAGGCGCAUCGUGUCGCAGCUGCUGACCCUGAUGGACGGGCUCAAGCAAAGGGCUCACGUGGUCGUGAUGGCGGCGACGAACCGGCCGAACAGCAUCGACUCUGCUCUGAGGCGCUUCGGUUUGAUCGAGAGAUCGACAUCGGGAUCCCAGAUUCCACCGGCAGGCUGGAGAUCCUGCAGAUCCACACCAAGAAUAUGAAGCUGGCAGACGAUGUCGACCUGGAAAAGAUCGCCAUGGAAACACACGGACACGUGGGCGCUGACCUCGCCGCCCUGUGCUCAGAAGCUGCUCUGCAAGCGAUCCGCAAGAAGAUGACGCUCAUCGACCUGGAGGACGAAACUAUCGACACUGACCUGCUCAACUCUCUGGCCGUCACCAUGGAUGACUUCCAGUGGGCCCUGAGUCAAAGCAACCCAUCAGCUCUGAGGGAGACCGUAGCAGAGGUCCCUCAGGUCAACUGGGAGGACAUCGGUGGUCUGGACGAGGUCAAACGAGAACUCCAAGAGCUCGUUCAGUAUCCAGUGGAGUAUCCUGACAAGUUCCUGAAGUUUGGGAUGACGCCGUCCCGUGGGGUGCUGUUCUACGGCCCGCCGGGCUGCGGAAAAACGCUCCUGGCGAAGGCCAUCGCCAACGAGUGCCAGGCGAACUUUGUGUCCAUCAAAGGGCCUGAGAUGCUCACCAUGUGGUUUGGAGAGUCGGAGGCCAAUGUCAGAGAUGUGUUUGACAAGGCCAGGCAGGCGGCCCCCUGCAUCUUGUUUUUUGACGAGUUGGACUCCAUCGCCAAGUCCCGGGGAGGCGGGGCGGGGGACGCCGGCGGAGCCGCGGACAGAGUCAUCAACCAGAUCCUCACCGAGAUGGACGGCAUGUCGGACAAGAAGAACGUCUUCAUCAUCGGCGCCACAAACAGGCCUGACAUCAUAGACCCGGCCAUCCUGCGGCCGGGCCGUUUGGACCAGCUCAUCUACAUCCCGCUUCCAGACAAACCGUCUCGCACAGCCAUUCUGAAAGCCAACCUGCGCAAAUCACCGGUUGCACGGGACGUGAAUCUGGAGUUCCUCUCUGGGAUCACUGAGGGUUUCUCCGGAGCCGACCUGACGGAGAUCUGCCAGCGCGCCUGUAAGCUGGCCAUCCGGGAGGCCAUCGAAGCCGAGAUCAAGGCUGAGCGUCAGAGGCAGAGCAGACCAGGAAUCCCCAUGGACGAGGACUUCGACCCGGUCCCAGAGAUCAGAAAGGACCACUUUGAAGAGGCCAUGCGCUUCGCUCGUCGCUCCGUCAGCGACAACGACAUCCGCAAAUACGAGAUGUUUGCUCAGACUCUGCAGCAGAGCCGAGGCUUCGGGAACUUCAGGUUUCCGUCUGCUACGGGAACCCGGUCCGGAGGUCAGGGGUCAGGGCCAAGUUCUGGAUCGGAGAGGCCGAGUCUGUACAGAGAGGAAGGGGAUGAUGACCUCUACCAGUGAUGAUGAUGAUGAUGGUUCGAUACUAGAAGAGAAGCAAGAGGUCAAAUGAAAAGUGUUUGUCUAAAUCUCUCUUACACUGAUAGAAACUAUAACAUUUUUACAAUAAAAUGUAAAAGUAUAAGGAUGCAGUGACUGUUUAGAGUAAUGGUAGUAAAUAAAUGUUGAUUUGUUUUAUUUGCAUUACGUUACUUAUGAACUGUUCAGGAAGUUAUGAAGAGAAGAUAAACUGGCCUCUUGUUCUGUCAUCCAGUCUUUUGCAUUAAUAUUCAUUUUUCAUGUCAUGUCGAGACUUUUUG